AUGGUGAGCCGAAUGGGGUGGGGGGUGGGGGACUGGGAGUGGUUGGGACAAUGGGGAGACCUGGGGCCUGGAUCAGUGCCCCUUCUUCCCAUGCUGCCACCUCCUCCUACUUCGUGUUGGGGACUUGGGGGAGGGAGGAUUUCCGUCUUCUCUCCGUCCCCUGUUCCUCAUACAAGAAGCUUCCCCUCCUCAUUUCUCCCUCUGGCCUUGGCCCCCACCGACCCAGUGCUGCAGGUGUCAGGGGCUUUUCAGCCUUGCCACUGUGCCAUCUCUUCCCCAGUACGGGCAAAGCCCACGAUGUCUGCUUCCCCCACGUGGGGAUCCCACUCCACUCCCCCGGCUUCGGUGACUCCCCCUCCCUCAUGCCGAUGCCCCCAGGAACCUCCUGGGCUUCGGAUAGGCCCUCUGGUCCCAGAGCAGGAUUAUGAAAGACUGGAGGAUUGUGAACCUGACGGGUCCCAAGAUUCACCCCUCCACGGGGAGGAGCAGCAACCCCUGCUUCAUGUACCUGAAGGGCUCCGGGGCUCCUGGCAUCACAUCCAGAACCUGGACAGCUUCUUUACCAAGAUCUACAGCUAUCACCAGCGAAAUGGCUUUGCCUGUAUCCUGCUGGAUGAUGUCUUCCAGCUGGGACAAUUUGUUUUCAUUGUCACCUUCACAACCUUCCUCCUUUGCUGUGUGGAUUACAACAUUCUCUUUGCCAAUCAACCAAAUAACCAUACUAGAUCUGGGCUGCUCCACAGCAAAGUGACCUUGUCAGAUGCCAUCCUAUCCUCGGCCCAGUGUGCUGAGCGGAUCCAUUCCAGCCCACUCCUGGUCUUCCUACUGGUCCUGGCUGUGGGCUUCUGGCUGUUCCAGCUGCUUUGCUCAGUCUGGAACCUUUUCAGCUAUUGGGACAUCCAAGUAUUUUACAGGGAGGCUCUGCACAUUUCCCCGGAGGAGCUCAGCUCCAUGCCAUGGGCAGAGGUGCAGUCCCGCCUUCUGUCGCUGCAGAGGAGUGGUGGGCUGUGUGUGCAGCCGCGGCCUUUGACAGAACUAGAUGUCCAUCAUCGCAUCCUGCGCUACGCCAACUACCAGGUGGCCCUGGCCAAUAAGGGCCUGCUGCCUGCCCGCUGCCCGCUGCCCUGCGGAGGGGACAUGGCCUUCCUCAGCCGCGGCCUGGCGCUCAACAUCGACUUACUCCUCUUCCGUGGUCCCUUCUCGCUCUUCCGAGGCGGCUGGGAGCUGCCUGAGGCCUAUAAACGCAGAGAGCUGCGUGGCGUUCUGGCCGCGCGCCUGGGCCGCGCAACGCUGCUGCUAGCUGCAGCCAACCUAGCGCUGAGCCCGCUGGUGCUGGCCUGGCAGGUGCUGUACGCUUUCUACAGCCACGCCGAGCUGCUGCGGCGAGAGCCGGGUACGCUCGGGACCCGCGGUUGGUCGCGGCUGGCGCGUCUGCAACUGCGUCACUUCAAUGAACUGCCACACGAGCUGCGUGCGCGCCUGGCCCGCGCCUACCGCCCAGCCACCGCCUUCCUGCGCGCCGCCGCGCCGCCCGCGCCUCUUCUUGAGCUGCUGGCGCGCCAGCUCGUCUUCUAUGCGGGCGCGCUCUUCGCCGCGCUUCUUGUGCUAACAGUUUACGACGAAGACGUACUCACCGUGCAGCACGUGCUCACCGCCAUGACCGCGCUCGGUGUGACGGCCACUGUGGCCAGGUCUUUCCUUCCCGAGAAGCAGUUACAGGGCCGCUCUGCGGCUCUCCUCCUCCAGACAGCUCUGGCUCACAUGCAUUACCUCCCAGAAGAGCCUGGCCCUGCGGGCAAGACAGGUCCUGUCCGCAACGUCGGCGCCUACCGGCAGAUGGCACAACUGCUGCAGUAUCGGGCGAUCUCCCUCCUGGAGGAGCUCCUUUCUCCUCUGCUCACCCCUCUGUUUCUGUUCUUCUGGCUUCGUCCUCGUGCCCUGGAGAUUAUUGAUUUUUUUCAUCAUUUCACUGUGGAUGUGGCCGGAGUUGGGGACAUUUGUUCCUUUGCCCUUAUGGACAUUAAGCGCCAUGGCCACCCUCAGUGGCUCUCAGCAGGACAAACAGAGGCCUCACUGGGUCAGCGUGCAGAAGAUGGAAAGACAGAGCUCUCUUUGAUGAGAUUCUCCCUGGCACAUCCACAAUGGCGCCCUUCAGGGCACAGCUCUAAGUUUCUGUGUCAUCUUCGGGGCCUAGUUCAACAAGAUGCAGCCAGAUGGGGCACAGCCUCAGUCCGCAGCCCCCUUACCCCUGGGCAGCUCAGCGACUCUACUUCAUCUCUACCAGAGGCCUUCCUGGCCAACCUCUUGGUGCACCCACUCCUGCCCUCAAGGGAUCUGAGCCCCACAGCCCCUUGCCCAGCUGCAGCCACAGCCAGCCUCCUGACCUCCAUAUCCCGGAUUGCCCAGGACCCCAGCUGUAUGUCCCCAGGAGGCACUGGGGGCCAGAAAUUGGCACAGCUCCCAGAGCUUGCUUCUGCUGAGAUGAGUCUCCAUGCCAUCUAUCUGCAUCAGCUUCAUCAUCAGCAGCAGCGGGAACUGUGGGGAGAGGCUUCAGCCUCUUCAUUGUCAAGACCCUGGUCUAGCUCCUCACAUCCACUCUCACCUGAUGAGGAGAAGCCAUCCUGGUCAAGUGAUGGCUCCAGUCCUGUCUCCAGCCCCAGACAGCAGUGGAGAGUGCAGAGGACCCAGAAUCUGUUUCCUGGAGAAUUUCAGGAGACCACAGAAAUCCAGCAGGAGCCUUGUCAGAAUCCUAGUACUGACUGA